ACAGAUGCAAAUGGUGAGAGGAGGAGGCCAUGCCAUGCCUUGUUUUACAUAUUUCUCCAUAUUCAGACUGGAUUUAAGCCAGUUUUUUUUCUUUGGAACUUUCAGAGUAGAUUUACACUGAAGUUACAGUGUAGUUUAAAUGGUCUAUCUCACCAAUAUUUGCUUACAGGAAUUAAGAGGAGUAAGAGGGGAGAGAAGAGUGGAGGAGGGUUUGAAGCUGAGGGAGGCUCUGGCCACAGCGCAGUGCACCAGUAACCUUGUCUGAUGUGAUCAUUAACCUUUCUGGAGAUGCAGCUGGCGGUUCUCUGAGUUUUGUCAUUAGAAUGUGAGGAGAGCCGCACAGCGAUUGCACAGGCUAUUUAAAGACUGAUUUACUUUGAGAGCUACUGCUCCACAUUACUGUGGCAGAAAAAUGAGAUGCCGACAAUUCUUUUUCAUAUUUUUCAUUUUAAUUAUGAGUCUUCUUAUCAAUGGACAAAGACCAGCUAAUUUUGUUAUGAGGAGGAAACUGCAUAGACAAAACUGCCUUCAGAGGAGAUGUAUGCCUCUUCACUCUCGAGUGCCCUUCCCCUGA